AUUAAAAAGAAAAAAACCCAUUACUUAUCCCUCUAUUAUUUCAAGGUUUGUACCCUUUUGUUAAUCUUUCCUCCACGCUGUGUGUCUGCUUUUUCAUCGCUCGCUUGCAACAUGUAAGGAUUCUAAGUUCAUAUUUUUUAUAUGCAUCACUCAAUAGAACGAUUCUUCUUGUUCGUCAAUCUAUUUAGUAUAGUCCAAUCCAAUAUAUCAGAAUAGAAGUGUCGUUCACAUUGUACUCUAUAGCAUUUACACACAUCCUCCCUCAUUAUCUUUGUCGGUUACACUGUGACAGCAUUGUGUUUCUAUCUUUCUUGAAGAGAAAAGAAUGGGGAAAGCUACAAGGUGGUUAAGAGGCCUGUUGGGAAUGAAGAAAUACAAGGAAAAGGUGGAGAAUAAUGCAAAUUAUGCUGAAAAAAGGGAUAAAAAAAGAUGGAGUUUUGGGAAAUCAGGGAAGGAAACAGGGGAGUUGAGUCAGAUUCCGGCCAACAUUCCGGUGACUAAAUCGGGCUGGACGAGAUCUUACAUUGCUGAGAAUCAGAACGAGCACGCAAUUGCGGUGGCUGCCGCCACAGCUGCGGCUGCAGAUGCUGCUGUUGCCGCCGCACAGGCUGCUGUUGCUGUUGUGAGACUCACAAGCCAAGGCAGAGGAGGAUUGUUCAAUGGUGGCAGGGAGAGAUGGGCUGCCAUCAAGAUUCAGUCUGUUUUUAGAGGUUAUUUGUCUCGAAAAGCUCUCAAGGCACUAAAAGGACUGGUGAAAUUACAGGCUCUUGUUAGAGGCUACAUUGUACGAAAGCGUGCUGCUGCAACUCUACAAAGUAUGCAAGCUCUCGUUAGAGCUCAGGCUACUGUCCAAUUCCAAAGGGCUCGUCGUUUAACCAACACAAACUACAGAUUUCAUGCAGAGAAUCGAGCUAGAAACUCGAGUGAAAGAUUUGAUGAAACUCGAAGCGAAUUUCAUAGCAAGAGGCUCUCAGCUUCAUAUGAUCCUUCACUUAAUGCAUAUGAUGAGAGCCCAAAGAUAGUAGAGAUAGACACGUACAAGCCCAAGGUGAGGUCUCGAAGGAUCUACUCUUGCACAUCAGAAUAUGGCGACGACCAAUAUUACCAAGAACUUUCAUCUCCUAUUCCAUGUCCAAUACCUGCUCGUCUAUCCAUCCCCAAUUGCCGUCGCCCCCAAGAUUUCGACCAUUUCUUCAUUGGAGAGGACUAUAAGUUGGCUACUGCACAAAGCACUCCCCGGUUCUCGAGUUCUCGACCAUCCAAUGCCCCGGUUACACCGGCUAAGAGUGUAUGUGGGGAUCGCUUCUUUAUGCCAUACUCAAACUGUCCCAAUUAUAUGGCAAAUACUCAAUCUUUUAAAGCAAAGCUGAGGUCUCUUAGUGCUCCGAAACAAAGGCCAGACACGGGGCUGAAAAGGAGGCUUUCAUUGAAUGAAGUAAUGGCAUCAAGAACAAGUUUUAGCGGCGUUCGAAUGCAGCAGCCAUGUACUCAAGUUCAAGAAGAUUUUGGUUUCUAAAAAGUUAAAUUUAUGGAGAACCCGUGUCGGAAUUGUUGCACAUAUAAUGACUUGGUUGCACGAAAAUAGAAACAGGAAAUGUGAUUCGACUCUCGUCUUUAAGAAGUUUCUAUCAAGGAUAAUGUCUUUAUUGUCCCAUGGUUCUUUAGCAUCUAAGACUAAAAUGGAGUGCUUGUCGUAAAUUCCUCAACGGAGUAAAGUUGAACAAGCUUCUUAAAGAUUUUAUUAUGCUAAUUGAAAGGAUUCAUAGUCAUCAUUAAAAUGUGGAAAUGUUAUGGAUGUAUUUU